AAAAUUCUAUUGAUCAAAAUCAAACUUUUAGAGGGGGAAAACUUUAUUUGUUAUUGUCUUGGAUUCAGCACCGUCUCUCGAGUAGCUGACGGCUUCAUAUCUAUGGUUACAUCCAUGGAUGGAGUUGAGAAUAGAAAUCCUCCUAACAAUUAGAUGGCAUUUUACCGAACUCCUCCUAACAAUUAGAUAGUAUUUUACCGAAAGAAAAGAGAUCCUUUUCAGGCACCCUCUAUGGCAAAGAACUUUCUUGCUCUCUUUAUUUUUUUAAUAACAGUUUUUUGGGAUGAUUUACUUAGGACUUAAACUAUACAUGCCCCAAAAUUAUAUAAAGAAUCUCGUGGCAAGCCUGAUUUUAGUCUAUUUCUUGAUGUUAUUCAAGUUUAUAUUGUAUGCCUGAACGGUAUAAUGGUACCGGGAUCAGCCUCACUAAAAAUUUCAUUUUUCUCAGAUACUAUAACUCGAUACCACCAGUAACAAAGACAUAUGCUGUGGCCUGUUUAUUCGCCACAGGCGCUUAUACUCUGGAGCUUUACAACAUUCGGAACAUUGCACUUCUCUACUCAGAUGUGUUCAAAAGAUUUCAGAUUUGGAGGCUCAUCACACCCUUCUUCUUCAUAGGGCCAUUUUCCUUAAAUUUUGCAUUCAGGCUCUUGACAAUAUUGUACUAUGGAACUCAGUUAGAAAGGGGGCCUUUUGACAAGAGGACGGCAGAUUUAGUGUGGAUGUAUGUAUUUGGAGCAGCCUCGCUCUUGGUUAUGGCAGCUAUUCCGUACCUGUGGACACCAUUCUUGGGACCAUCAAUGGUUUUUGUUAUUGUUUAUGUCUGGGGUCGAGAAUUUCCAAAUGCUCGUAUCAAUAUACACGGUCUGUUUGAGUUAAAGGGAUUCUACAUUGCUUACUAUAUGAUAGUAGUAGAACUGGUUCUUGGAAAUCCAUUGAAACAAGCUAUGAUUGGGAUUGCUGCAGGACAUCUAUACUACUUCUUGACAGUUCUUUAUCCUCUUAAGACCGGAAACAAUAUCUUAAAGACUCCUCGUUGGAUUCAUAAACUUGUAGCAUUCUGGGGAGAGGGCUUCCAAAUUAAUUCUCCAUUCAGAAACGACCCUGCGGAAGGAGUAGCUUUUAGGGGGAGAGGUCGUCGCCUGAAUGGGAGUAGAAGCACUUCAACAAGAUCAGAACCAAGAGAUUCUGAGCCGGUCGACACGGCCACCCCAGCACCGUCGAGUUCAGGUUCUGGCGUGUCUUUCCGUGGCAGAAGCCACCGCCUAGGUAGUGGCUAGACGCCUUGUAAUAGAAAUUAUUCGAGAACCACCUAUGAUUGUAAUAGAUCUUGAUAAUGCCUGCAAUAGAACUCCCAAACCAACUUUGAAUA